AUCAUCCUGAACUUCACCACCCUGGACCUCUACCGAAGCCGGCUGUGCUGGUACGACUACGUGGAGGUGAGAGACGGGUGCUGUUCCUACGUGGGCCGCCGAGGAGGGGGACCGCAGGCCAUCUCCAUCGGCAAAAACUGCGACAAAUUCGGCAUCGUGGUGCACGAGCUGGGUCACGUCAUCGGGUUUUGGCACGAGCACACGCGCCCUGACCGGGAUGACCACGUCUCCAUCAUCCGGGAGAACAUCCAGCCAGGGCAGGAGUACAACUUCUUGAAGAUGGAGCCGGAGGAGGUGGAGUCGCUGGGCGAGACGUACGAUUUCGACAGCAUCAUGCACUACGCCAGGAACACCUUCUCCAGGGGCAUCUUCCUCGACACCAUCCUGCCCAAGUACGACGUGAACGGGGUCCGACCCGCCAUCGGCCAGCGGACGCGUCUGAGCAAAGGGGACAUCGCCCAGGCCCGCAAGCUCUACCGCUGCCCGGCCUGUGGGGAGACGCUCCAGGACAGCCAGGGCAACUUCUCCUCCCCUGAGUUCCCCAACGGAUACUCUGCCCACAUGCACUGCGUCUGGAGGAUCUCCGUCACCCCCGGAGAGAAGAUCAUCCUGAACUUCACCACCCUGGACCUCUACCGAAGCCGGCUGUGCUGGUACGACUACGUGGAGGUGAGAGACGGGUUCUGGAGAAAGGCCACGCUGCGAGGUAACCAACCGGGAGCUCUUAGCUUGGUCUGCAAAUACGACUUCGUGGAGGUGCGCAGCGGGCUGACGGCCGACUCCAAACUGCACGGCAAGUUCUGCGGCGCCGAGAAGCCCGACGUCAUCACCUCCCAGUACAACAACAUGAGGAUCGAGUUCAAG